GAAUCUCUUCCCUUUUAAAUAAAGACUGGACUGGCACACGGGCCGGGUGCUUAUGUCAGGUUUAUCAGGGUGGAUGAAGCUGGGCUGAAUGGCAUUCACGAUAUUGCCCUGUCUCUCGCCAGGUCCCAUAUUGGGCUGUCUCCUGCAUUGCCUCGCAUUAGUUGACACUUGUCGACUACUUGCUCGAAGGUUGCUGGAGGACCCCGCCAAGCUGGUGAGGCGUCUGAUUCCACAUACCGCAUCUAGACCGAUCUGCACCGGAUACGUGGGAGCUGCUGAAUCACCGUGUAUAAUUCUGCAAUUUUUUUGGCCAUAUUUCUCUUGUAUAGUCCAGGUUAGCGUGGAGUGCUGUAUAUUAUAGGAGAUCCAUCAAUGUAUUAUAGAGCGUGUUGUACAAUUCACUCACUUGGAUGUCUUGG